AUGUCUCUGCGUCCUCGUCAGACGUCUAUCGCACCUGCACCACAGCUCAGUUUCCGUACUUCUCUUGCGCCUCAGUCAACCAGCCUCGAUUAUUGGUGGCCAUAUGGACCGAAUGGAGUCAAUCCUACAACCACUGAUACUCCUGUUUCGACCAGUACCGCUGAAAUGGAAACGGCUGAUUUUGGAGACGAGUUGCCCACAAGAACUACAAGUUUGAGCUCAAUUACAGUCGUUCCUUCUUCAACAUCCCACAAAUCGCCCUCUUCUAGCACGAAAAUUGAUGAAACAAUCAACGACAGUCCGAGCAAAGAAACGGGGAUUACUGGACCAAUAACUUCCGGGGAUGACACAUUCAACGUUGUGACACUUCUGCCCCUGUUUAUAAUCCUGGCUGUACUGGUUAUUGCCACCCUAGUAGGGUGGACCUAUGGAAGAUGUAUCAAUCGUUGCAGACGUGGUGGAGAACCAGACCCAGAAGGACUGGAUAUCGGUGGAAAACCAUAUGAGGGCGUCAGCUAUGAACAUGAUACAAUCGGAGCAUUGCGAUCAAUCGGAGUCAGCUGGGUGGAUGCAUCCCGCAUACACAGUCGAUCUAGCAUGGGCUCUGGCGGCUACUACCCUAUCCAAGAAGUCUCUGUUAAUGGGGAGGCAGGGGCAUCACUGAAUUGCAUCUCCGACGAGCGGGGAGCUCGAAGUUGGUUUCAAUCACUGUCCGGACGAAGUCGUAGUAUUAACUUGCCCAGUGGAGAGAGUGUCCUUAAUCCCCCGUCGACAUAUUGGACUCACGUUCAUCAGUGGCCUGCUGGUGAAAUUCAAACCCAGGACUCUAGCUCUGGUUUUCAUCCAUUGCCUACUCAUAUGCAAUCUCCAAAAACAUUACGAAUGGUUGUUGCGUCACCCACCACUGGAUCAACCUUUCCUUCGCCAAUAUCAAGUUUCCGAUCAACCCCACUUCUCUCAGCCUCUCGGCAUGUAUCUCUUCGUAGGAACAUCGCAGACAAGGUUAAGGCAGACGAUAGCAGUAAACUCGCGAUGACUGGGGGGUUAUUGGAUACCUUCAGGAAUAUUAACCAGGAAGGGAGCCAACGUACAUCGUUAUAUGAAGAUCCAGCUGAGCUCAAAGGUGGAGUCUAUACGCGAUGCGUCGGUCGUCGCUACAAGUCGUCGGAUAUUGGUUCUAAUUCCUCAGCAUGGUCCCCUGAUCCAGAAAGGCACCAUGAACGAAUGCACAGACUCCGUAUUGCUGCAGAAGCUCCACAUCGCGUGACACCUGUUUCAGAAUUUUCGCUAGACUCACUAGGGCCCCAGAAUACCAAACAUCCUCUUCCACCGGCUCCUGCGGUAUUGCUCUCUCCGCCUCUUCAGCCUCACUUGUUUUUUACCCGGACUAACUCUGAUGAUUCGGGGUGCGAUGCAGCCUCCAAAAAUGCUAUUGCUAAGCCUAAUUUCACUCGCCGCGAUUCGAGCGGGAAUCCGAGCAGGCGCUCCAAGAGAAUCAAUGUCAGCAACGAUGAUUCGUUCGGACCGCGCCUUCCACCAGACCCAACAAACCCUCGUAUACGGAAAGGGAAGGUUCGCGCUCACGGACCGAUAGAGUCUACAGAAACAUUGCCUCUGAGCCCUGAACUAAGGGGGGCUGCGAUGACGAAACUCAACAAGAUUGUCAGGUCGCAUUGGAGUAUCCGUAAUUUGGACGGGGUACCACUGAGUCCAACAUUUUAUGGGGCGCUCACUCCACUCGUGGGCCAUGCAUAUUCAGAAGACGAAUUUAACCAAACAAACAUCGAAGCAACUCUACUUGCUAAACCCUAA